GAAGAAAAGAAAGAAUUAAGGGAAAGGCCAUGAUUAGGAGGAUCUCAGUAAUCAGAAUGAAAACAGGCCAUUUUUUGUUGGCAAAUCCACAGCUGGAGUUGUAGUGGGGAAGGCGGGCAGCUGAGUGGGGCGGGCACUUGGCGGUGCGGUCUGCUCACUUCCGGGAGGCGGCCUCCUUAGCUUCGGAGCCGGACGAACUUCAGCUCGGCCUUGUUGCUGCCGCCGGCAUUUUUCCUUUGCACCCUUGCCCUGCUAGAAUCCCCUCUGCAGCCCUCCACUAUACGCGAUGCACGGGAGGGGCUGUUGAGCUAAGGGGACCCACGCACGGGCUGGCCGAAGAGACGUAUCUAGUUCCUACUGGAUUUAAGCUGAGGGUUCGGCGCGCAGGCUGGCUGACUGAGAUGGGGUCGGCGGGGCGCGUUCUUCUGCGGGCGGUAAUCAUGGGGCCCCCAGGCUCUGGCAAGGGAACCGUGUCAUCUCGCAUCAUCAAACACUUCGACUUGAAGCAUCUCUCCAGCGGCGACCUUCUCCGAGACAACAUGAAUAAGGGAACAGAAAUUGGUGUGCUUGCCAAGACCUUCAUUGAUCAGGGAAAACUCAUACCAGAUGAUGUCAUGACUCGGUUGGCCCUCCAUGAACUGAAAAAUCUAGCUCAGUAUAGUUGGUUAUUGGAUGGUUUUCCCAGGACUGUCCCACAAGCUGAAGCUUUGGACAAAGUUCACCAGAUAGAUACAGUGAUUGAUCUGAAUGUACCCUUUGAGAUUAUUAAGCAACGUCUUACCUCUCGCUGGAUUCAUCCAAGUUCUGGUCGAGUUUACAACACAGAAUUCAACCCUCCCAAAAAAAUUGGCAUUGAUGAUAUUACUGGAGAGCCUCUUAUACAGCGUGAAGAUGAUAAACCAGAAACUGUUACCAAGAGACUAAAGGCUUAUGAAGCCCAAACAAAACCUGUGCUGGAGUAUUACCGGAACAAAGGUGUAUUGGAAACUUUUUCUGGAACAGAAACCAAUAAGAUCUGGCCCCAAGUAUAUGCUUUCCUCCAAACAAAAUUGCCAGAUAUAAGUGAGAAAGAAGCAUCGACUCCAUGAAGAAUAAUAUAUCAUCAGAAGAGGAGCAGGAAACUGGUUUGCAUUGUCAAGGAGCUUCUGAAUGAUGGUUUCCUGAUAUGUAUAUGAAUUCUCCUAAGAUCAUGAUCUACUCUCAUUUUUGCUAUUUUUCCUGGACACUAAGCAAUGGUUUAAAGAUGUUAGUUUCUUAAAUUCUUAUUGUCGUGACCUGGUUUUCAUCUCCUGGUGGUUUAUGUAGUUUUUUAAAAAUCCUAUUUAUGGAUCUAAUCAUACUUCAUUUUGUAAAAUGGCAAAGCCAAAAGGAUAACUAGUCAUUUAAAAAACAAUACAAUGUACUUUUAGUAAGUGAGUAGCUUUUAGUGUUUCUCUCUUUUUCAGAAAAAGAAUCAAUGUUUACAUAGCACUAACUGAGGUAAAAUGCAUCAUUCAGAGGCAUUCUCUUCCCCUUUACCUUUUUAGAUUAAAGCCAUGACAAAAUGCCUUCUUCUGACUUUCACUCAGAAGUUUCCAGGACUGUGUUCUUUAGCCACCUGGCGGAUCUGUCUUAGAGAAUCACUAAUACAGUGUCACAUUUAACUAUGCCUUGAAUAAGGCAUGUAUGAGUCAGCCUUAAGAGGCAGCUAUGGCUAAGUGAUUAAAAAGCACUAGUGCUCGUCAUGAAGUUCUGAUUUCAAAUCCAGUCUUAGAUACUUCCUUGCAGUAUGACCCUGGGCAAGUCACUUAACCUCUGAUUUCUAGGUAAAAGAUUCUAGUGCAGAAGAAAAUGGCAAGUCACUCCAGUAUCCUUACCAAGAAAAUUCAUUGAAUAGCUAUGGUCCAUGGGGUCAUAAAGAGCCAGGCACACAUGAACAACAAGAACAAAUGAGUCAGCCUUAUUAGAUGACUAGACUGUGCUUAUUUUAUUGGUCAGGAUCCUCUCUUUUAAUUCUGCCUGUUCAAAAGUAACACAGGCAAACUAUCAAGCAGAAUGCUGGCUUUAGAGUCAAGAAACUUGAGUUCUAAUCCUGACUCCUGCUACUUGAUAAUCUUGGGAAAGAUCAUUUAACUUCUCUAGGUUUCACAGUGACCUCAUUUCUUAAAAUAAGGAGAUUGAACUAGAUGACCCAGUAAAGUUUCCUCCCUUUCUAAAUCAAUUAUGAUGACAUAAACUAUUAGAAAAUGCAGUGCUCAUUAGCAAAACAGUCAGUCUUUCAUUUGCAAAGGACUUUAGGGAGUACUAUUAUGUAUAUAAUCUUAUUUGAUUGUGACAACAAAUGUGUAAAAGAGAUGCUAAAGAAAUGAAUAAUUAUUCUCAUUUUGUGUUUAGUUGUGUCCCACUCUUCGUGACCCUAUGGACCAUCACACCUCCAUUUUCUCCCAAGAAGCCUGUCCAAGCUCAUGCUCAUUGCCUCCAUGAUACUAUCCGUCCAUCUCAUCCUUUGCCAUUCCCUUUUACUUUUGCCUUCAGAUUUCCCAACACCAGGCUCUUUUGCAAUGAUUCCUGUCGUCUCAUUAUAUGGCCAAAGUAUUUUGUCUUCAGUAUUUGUCUUCUAAUGAAUAGUCUUGGAAGGUGAGACUCAGAAGUAUUAUCUUGUUCUAAGCCUCAAAACCACUUAGUGCCACUUUCUACAGAUAACUUGGUCAUCAUGUCCAUUGAUCUUUUUUCUUUUGAAAGUAUUUGCUUUCACUGGGGUAUAUGAUACACCAGAGAUUGACAUAAUGAAUUUCCUUGAUAAUCAAUGCAGGGGUAUAAUUUUCCUCCCAAAUGGAAAGUUCUCAAUUAGGAUAUUAUAAUCUCAUUCUUUUCUAGUCAAGAAAUAUGGGCUUUAGGAUAUAAUUUAUGGGUUUCCCUCCCUUGUUCUUACUUAUAUUUCUGUCGGCAAUCUAUCCUUAUGGAUUCCAUGCUAACAUCCGAGAAAGAAGCAAAAGGUAAUCUAUGGUACUCUGCGGAGUAAAUGUGUUUCCUGAAGUAAGCAUGGGGCCUUGCAUAGAAUAGGCUCGGAAUCAUUAGUAAUGGUGGUUGUUAGUUUUCUACUCCCUAAUUUUUGGGCAUCUUGAUAGCAGUCGCUUUACUGUAGAAGUAGCAGGUAGAAUAAUGUGUAGCAAGGGUUGCCAUUCCAUAUGAAGAAACAGACUUAGAAGGAGCAGACGAUUGUAUAGUUUGGGGAAGAAUGUUAUUAUUUAAAAAAAAAUUCUGACAAAAGAAUGAUACUGACCCCCUUAUCUUAAUUUUUGGAAAGGAAACAUCCAGAAUGUAUGGGUGGUUAUUAAGUCACUUCAUGUCUCUGGGUCUCGGUUUCUUCAUCCCCAAGAUGGGGACAAUAGUACCUACCUCAAAGGGUUAGUGUGAGGAUCAAAGUAAUGCAUGUAAUGUGCUUUGUGAACCUUAAAGUGCUUUACAAAUGUGAAUGAUUAUGAAAUAUUUUUAGUAGAGUAGGAUAGCAGUAGUAGUCAAGGCUUACAUUUCCAUUGCAUUUUCCUCAUAACCCUAUGAGAAUCCAUAGGUAGGAUGAGUAUUUGUCCUCCCACCCCAAUCUGAUAGAUGAAAUUGACUUGCCUAGGUCACACAUCCAAUAAGUGUCAGAGAUAGGAUUUAAACUCCAAUUUCCUGAUUCCUGGGUUUUUUUGCUUCACUUAUUGUGGCCAGUUGAGAAUACUGGUACAGCAUAAAUAGAAUACUAGGCUUAGUUUAGCAAUACCUGAGUUCAAAUCUUGUCUCAGACACUUAUUGUGUGAUCUAGGCAAAUCACUUUUCUUCUCUCAAGCCUCAGUUUCCUCAUAUGAAAAAUGAGAGGGUUGAACUUUUGAUGGCCUUCUAGUCCCUUCCAGCUCAAAAUCUAUAUUCGUAUGAAUUGAAAUUGUGCCAUCAGAGUGGAACAAGAAAUUGUCAUGGUUUGGGUGACUUACCUGCCUUUCCUUCUCCACAGAUUAUAUUUUGAUAGCAGAUCACUUAAGUGCUAUAUAAAGUUUGCCAUUGUCUUUGAAAACUUGUUUUGUUGUUAUUGUUCAGUUUGAGUCAUGUCUGACUCAUGAGCCCAUUUGGGAUUUUCUUGGCAAAGAUAACUGGAGUUGUUUGCCAUUUCUUUCUCCAGCUCAUUUUACAGAUGAGGAAACUGAGGCAAACAGCAUUAAACUUGGCCUGCUUCCUUUCCUGAGAUUUUCUUCCAGGCAUAGUUAAGCAUAUGGAAGGGGGGCGGAAGCAUUUCCUCCCCUACUUAGCACUUCUCACUCUCAUACAGUUGUUCUUUUUCAAGAAAAAUGGAAUAGGGGCAGCUGGGUGUCUCAGUGGAUUGAAAGUCAGGCCUAGAAACUAGAGUUCUAGGUUCAAAUCUGACUUCAGACACUUCCUAACUAUGUGGGCAAAUCACUUAACCCCCAUUGCCUAGCCCUUACCACUCUUCUGACUUAGAACCAAUAUACAGCAUUGAUUCUAAGAUGGAAGGUAAAAGUUAAAAAAAAAAGGAUGGAAUGAAUCAUUUUGAAAGGAUUACCACUAUUACUUCCCUUUUUGAUACAUUUUUCUUUCACUUUGUAUAAGACUUUCUGUAAUGCCUUAUGUGAGUAUCACAGAAUACCCAUUUCUUACAAAAUAAUUGUGGAAUAUUAGACUGAUGCAAAAUAGCAUUAGAUUAUAAAGCAUGCUUUAUAAUAAAAUCAAUUAUGUCAAAA